GCCAUCGACAGGCAUCCCACUGGAUGCUGCUAAUUUGAUGUCAACACUUCUGGAAGGCAUUUUAUACGGCUUUUCAGUCCUCAUGUUUAUAGGUACCAUGUGGAUAUUCACCUACAAACGUCGCACGCGGAACACCAAUAGGCCUACCAUUGCGGUUGCCGCCCUGCUGUUCAUACUGAGUACUUCGCACAUAGCUGUGGGCAUUAUUCGCGUUGAAAACGGACUGGUGAAGUAUCGCGACACGUUUCCAGGCGGUCCAGUUGCGUUCUUCGCAGACCUUACUCAAGAAACGUUUGUGGUGAAGAAUGCGAUACUUGUCUUGCAAACUCUGCUCGGCGACGGAGUGGUGAUAUAUCGAUGUUACGUUGUUUGGCAAUCUAUUCGGGUUAUCAUCCUACCAUGCAUAAUGUGGUGCGGUGUCGCAGCGUUUGGUGUCUGUAUGGUCUACAGCAUGUCCCAACCGCAAACUGACAAUUCCACAAAUUUUUUUCUCAACGCGGCCGCACAAUGGAUCAUGGCAUUCCUUGCCUUCACAAUCGCAACUAAUUUGUUGAGUUCCGGGUUACUGGCAUAUCGCAUCUGGAUGAUCGAACGCAAGGUCUCUACAAUUCACGCUACGAAAAAUAAAACACCCGUAUUACGCGUGCUUGUGGAUGCCGCUGUUUUGUACUCUGCGGCGGUGUGCUCUUCACUCAUCUCUUUCAUUUGCUCGAGCAGUGGAAUGUAUGUUAUGGCAGACCUGGUCAUCCCGAUCAUCCCGAUUGCCUUCUAUAUGGUAUUUAUUCGCAUCGCGACCAGUCAAAACAAUCAAGCUUACGCCUCGACUGUCCGUGGUGGGACGACUGAGACAGAACGAAGAAGCUCGCAUUAUCAUAUGCAGCCUUUGCACACUAUCAACUUAUACACGCAGAACAGUGGUAUUUCCUUAGCUGACAGCCCAAAGGUGUGAGAAUGGCUUCGCCUCUACGAUGGACACAGUGCCCUCGCCGCAUGAAACACUUCAACGAUUCCAACUCCGUACGCCCUGUUUCUAACUAUCUUUCCUUUUCCUAUACUCUUUACCGUUUUACAUUUUCACACGUUUAUUUAACGUUCAUAUCUCUUUCGCUGUUCACUGCCUUGAUUGCUUUGAUUGUGGUUUCCACUUCUUUCACACUUAUCUGCCGUCCAUUACUGUAGUAACCCAGCUUAGUAUACUUCUGUCGAGCUAUCCUUCCACUUCGAGGAAGCCGUCACGCAAACGUUCGGGUCAGACACCGAAAUGAUUGCCAAGUCCGCCUUAAUUCCGCAACCAACAAGCAUCAAAUCCCGUUGCCCACUACGAU